AUGCAGACGCUCAGGAGUGUCGCGAGCACUGGUGGCCGGGAUGCCUCGAAGGCGCGGCAGAUAGAGCUGGUGGAUCCGGCGAGGUCCGACAAAAGAGCGAACGAGACCUCGAAUACUGAAGCUUGGCGCAAGGACUGCAACGCGCCCAUCAAGGCCUACAUCUACACGCUCGCGUCGAAUUCGGUGCAGACCGCUACUUCUGUGAUCGUGGGGCCGGGGGCGGUGCUGGCGCACACCUUUCGGGUCAUCCCCCCGAGCGUCUGCGUGGCGUGCCACGAGGGCAGAUCUGGCACUGGCCAGGGUGGCUUCGAUGCCCCCCCGCCCGCGUUCAAUUCCAUGAACCCCUUGAGCGACGUGAAGGACAUCGCCGCUGGCAAGAAGCUGGAGAAGAAGGCGCGGCGCUUCAUGUUCCAGCGCAUGCCCGCCACCGAGGUCUUCAUGCACCUGGCCGACGUCCAUCAGGUGCCCGGGUAUCCCGACGCGGCGCAAGACGCGGUCUGGACCCCCCAGGAGGUGGCGGAGGUGGUGCUCCACGAGGUCUGCAGCCGACUGUGCGCCCUCGCGCUCGCCUGCAGGGCGGUGCCGGUGCCGCAGAAGUGGGUGGGCAGCUCCGUCGCCGUCGGCUUCGAUGCCGCUGCGCUGCCCCCGCGCUCGCUGGCGGAGGAGGAGGUGCGGCGCAGGGUGGUGGUGAAGAUCUUCGACUGGGGCAGGUCGGAGCUCAACACGCCCGAGAGGCACAGACGCCUGUCCGACGCCGAGAAGAAAGACAGGGCGAUCCCUCCACCCGCCGCGGCUCCCUGGCCCCCCGCGCGCGGGCGCGCGUGA